GAUUGUUCUAUUAGUACUCAACCAUGGUUUCUACUAGUAAAAUCACUUCUGCUGCUAUCUACUUGUGCUGUUUCAUAGUGUUGAUGUUGUCAUUCGCAUCUCUUAAGUCCGAAGGUCAACAACUCUUGUGUACACCUGUUUUAGAUUCUAUUACACCGUGCAUUGAUUACGCUUUUACCGGUGGGCAGACCGUUCCACAACAGUGUUGUGAAAACAUAAAGAAAAUUUCUACGACAAAAGAGGAUAGGCAACAAGUUUGUCAAUGUGCAAAGAAUUUUGCACCUAUGGUUCCUGGGCUCAAUUAUGAAAAUGUAGGUAACAUUCUCAAGAAAUGUGGAGUCGAUGUAUCUCUCAAGAUUUCUCCCGAUAUUGAUUGUGCAAAGUUGAACUGAUCAUGAAAGUUGAUUAUGAAGAGUGCUUAAGAUGGAGGAGAAGUUUGAAUAAACGAGUCAUAUUCGUAGAAAAUGAUUCUGAAGGCCGCAAAGUAAUGCAUUGUUGGAGCAAAGCUUUGCGUACGUAGUUUAUAUAUAUUGUAACUUUCCUUAUUCUCCUACGUCAUUGUGAACUGAGAUAAUAUAAUAAAAGUUCGGAAUUGCUGUUACAUGAUAAUUCAAGCACAUAAUAGUAUCGGAUACUAACAUAUCUAUCGUUCCCGUUUCCAUUAAUUAAAAAUGCUUCCAUCUAU